AUGUUAAUUGUUGUCGUGUUCCUGUUCCGUUUCCUGUGCUGCGCGAUAGCCGUCGAAUCAGUAGCUGACAACUGCAUUAAGAAUGGAUACUCAGAAUGGUGUUUUGUGUUCAUUCCGGAACCUUUGACUUUUGCUGAUGCCCAGAGGAAAUGUGAGGCCCUGAAUUCCACUCUCGCGACAAUUCCCAAUCGUAAAGUGAAUGAAUUCGUUGUAUCUUAUUUAGGCACGAUAGCUAAUGGAACAGAGUCGUUUUGGAUUGGACUACAUUGGUCGCACAGCAUGCUUCGCUGGGUUUCAGGGUAUCCAGCUGUUGCCAAUGUCUUUUGGAAUGAUCCUACUGUAGAUUUAAGUCUGAACUGCAUAUUAGAGUCGACAGCUGGUAUAUGGAGUCCACGGUUGUGUACCGAACUCCAUCCCUUUCUGUGCAGCUCAGAAGUGAAGGAUUUUGUGGAGUCUAGUCAUUUCCUGUCUCCUAUGAAGUAUGAGUGUCCACCCAAAUUCCAUAUAGUGGGUCGUCGUUGUCUUCGUUUCUUCGUUAACGAGAUGGUAACUCGCGCUGAGGCCGAAUCCAUUUGCACAGGACUGGCCUCUCACCUCCUCUCUAUUCGGUCGUUUCGCGAAAACGAUCUCCUCAUAGCCAUGCUGGCUGACCAUCCUUCAACUUUUUGGCUCGGUUUGAGUCGAAAGUCCAACAGCUACAUUUGGGAAGACUCGGGUGAUAUGGAAGUGACUUUCACCAACUGGAUGGCGGGUGCGCCCACUGGAGACAUCUCGAACAACUGCACCGUAGUACACACAGACUUGCACUUUCUUGGCAAAUGGGCUGAGGUCAGCUGUUCAUCCGUGGCCCAUUUCGUGUGCGAAGCUGAGCCAAAAAUGGUGUCUAGUCACAUCGAAAGCCAUCUCCAUGGCGACCUCUUUGUGCCAGGUCGUUGUUCCAACGGCUUUUAUGAGUAUCGCGGUGCUUGCUACAUGGUUAUUGACCUGCCUAUUGGGGUCACACGUACUCCGAAUUUGCUCGCAGAUUCCGUCACCACGGCCUGUCAAAACACGGUGUUGAUUAAGAACUGCAGUGCUCCCAAUAUUGGCACUGUCCUAUGCCCCAUGGUUGCAUCACCUCACGAUCAAUUCGAUGCGGCAUUCCUGCGUUCCUUAGUUGAUAAAUUUCAACACUCCAACGCAGCAUGGGUCGGCCUCAAAGCUGAUCGAAACCAUGUAUAUUCGGAUUUGCCAACAUUUUUGGAAUCGACAAGCCUCCUCAAUUACAGCAUCGUACAAGCUCUCAACAAUUCUACUGUCUGCUUGUCAUUGCGCGUGGAUAAGACACUCCUCUGGAACGACGCUUGCGAAUCUCAUCUGCCUGCUCUGUGCGGCUAUCAUCUGGAUUCACGCUCACUACUUUCCUGGUCACACAGUCUUGAUCAUAACCCGAAAGAGCUGAAGUGUCCCAGUGAUGAGUGGAAGCUAUUCGGCGCCAACUGUUACCUUCUGGGAGGUGCUAACCUUGGUAAAAACUGGCACUCGGCGGAGAUGGCCUGUGUUCAUAUUGGUGGACAUUUAGUCUCAAUCACUUCCUCUGCUGAGGCCAACUUCGUGCAAUCCAUUCUCCCCACCAGGCAGCUUCUCAAACCUUGGAUUGGUCUGCGAGUGUCCCGUGGCGCGAAUGUCGAUGAAAGCGCGUUUAUGUCUUGGACAGAUGACACUCCGGUGAACCACCUAUUGCUCUAUGUAGACGCCCACGGAGAGGACAAGGAAUGCUUUCAGCUGGGCGGUGCGCGAGAGGAAAUGCUGCAGAUAGAAGCCAGUGCAUGCGAGGAAGAUGCACCUUUUAUUUGCAAGAGGCUUGCUUCUCCCAUCUCCCUCGGAUCGGAUAACUGCUUACCAGGCAGCCAUCCCAAGUUCUGCUUCAGCGUAAACUACACAGCAGUAAAGUUCCUUGAGGCCGUUUCAACCUGCCAGGCUGUUGGUAAACACGUGGCCACUAUUUUGGAUAAAACGCAACAGAACUUUGUUCGGCGCACCCUACAACAACUUCCGUCUCCUGAAUUGGAACCGUACGCCAAAAAUAGGUUUUGGAUCGGUCUGCUUCGAUCUCACGGAAUGCUCCGCUGGAUUUCAGGCUAUCCUGCUGUGCCAUAUGCCUUCUGGACAGUGGAUUUUGUGGAUUAUAAUGGUCUCUGCGUCUACGUGGAUGUUGGCCUUGGUCAUAUACUGAAUUGGGGAACAUCGACUUGUGAAGAGGAGUAUCCAUUUUUGUGUUCAAACUCACCUCCUCUGCCACUGCUUUCGUCGCCUUUGGACAACUCCCCUAUUUCUUCGUUGAGCGCUUCGUGUCCUCCGGGCUUCCUCUAUGCCAGUGGCAAGUGCUACAAGGUGGAGGGUGAUAGACGAAACAACUUCACUUUUGCUGAGGCCAUCGCUAAGUGUUUAGACGAUGGGGGCCACCUUGCCACCAUUUCUUCGAUGCACGAACAAGACAUUAUCUCGGUGCUGUUGGCCGAACGUACUUUUCCUUUUUGGAUCGGUUUGAAGGCUACCAUGGAAGGUCGUGAAUGGGUGAACGGGGCCUCAGUCACCUACACCAACUGGAAGGAAAAUUACCCCAAGUGGCCAAAUCCAUACCGCCCAUUGUGCACGUAUGUGAAGAAUCAAGGAGCGUAUGUUGGUCAAUGGGCGGAGACCACUUGUGACGAGAAAAUGGGUUUUAUUUGCGAAACAAAGCCCAUAGAUGUACAUCUGCAUCAGCCGACUACUUCGCACCUCUUCAGUCAGGAUGACUGUGCUCCAGGUUUCCUGCACUACCAAGGCGCGUGCUACAUGAUCCUCAACGCCUCCUUCCCUGUCCUUUCCGGUCGCAGUGCCAGUCAACUCUACGACAAUGUCAGUGCUGCUUGUGCGGCCACCUCCCCGGUCGCCUUGGACUGCGGAAAAGCGCGUGGUCUUGCCGGUUGUCCGGUCGUCAUGACACCUCACUCCCACACUGAGGCCGCUUUCAUGCGUCUCCUUAUGGGCAGAGAAGGUGGUGGCUACGUGACUGAGGUUUGGACGGGCCUUAAGAUCCUCUCCAACAACACCCUUGACAUCGCUCAAACUGAGGACCAAAUGGCGCUGGGGUCAGUUGACAUAGAUUUCGCUCAUCUGGACAAUGGCGCUGGUCCUGGCUACACCUGCUUCUCCCUUCACAGGGAUAAUACGUUUUUGAACUCUCGUCAUUGUUAUAUCCCUGCUCCAGCUAUCUGUGGCUACUAUCUUGACACGCAUCCUUUGCAUCCUCAACUAGCCAUUGUGGACGACUUCGCUUGUCCGGCCGGCACUGAGCGAGUGGGAAUGAGUUGCUUCUAUCGUGUUACCACUGCCAAAAAACUAGACUGGCAUCGUGCGGAGGAGUACUGUGUGACCGCUGGAAGCGAAGUGAUGGGCACGUCUGCCGACAAGAAAGUUGCUGGACAUCUUCCUUCUAUUCACGACGCAUCUACACAUCGCUAUAUUAGACAAUUAGGGGGCCACGGAACCAUGUGGCUCGGCCUCGUUUCAACAACAAUACCAGACAAUAACGCCGAUGAUUCUCUGUUCAGCACCAAGUUGCGAUGGUCUGAUGACAGUCCUGUUGACUACCUCGCAUUUCCUUCUGCUAAAGAGAGCAGCCAGUGGAUGUCAUUUGUGAAAUCUCGCGAAACCUGCAUUGCUUUGAAUGUGAAGUCCGGUUUAUGGAUAGAGAUUGCCUGCUUCGAACCGCUCACGUUUGUCUGCCAAUUUCCCAUUACAGCUUUUCCGAAAAUUCAUUCACUUAGUGGCAACAAGUAUCUUCCUGUGGUGACGCAAUGCCCCAGCAAUUUCACAAUCGAGACAGAAAGCGCUUGCUAUGCGGUUGUGGAGACACGACUUUCUGCUAGAGAGGCGCUUGCUUUCUGUCAUACUCUUCAUCCCUACUCCAGUCUCGCCUCGCUACACUCGGAGAAGGAGGAAUGUGAUCUUGUAGAACAGAUGGCUAAUCAGCAUCCGGAGGAAGCGUAUUGGUUUGGAUUGUCACAGUCCGAUCUACAGUACGUCUGGGCCGAUUCCAGUGUGGUGGAUUACGUUCCCAAGACUAACAUGACUGCCGAAUCCUCGCACUUUUGGCAUUUUCAGGACUGCUUUACUUUCAUUCCGAUACGCAACGGUUCCAAUGCACUUUUGACCCCGACGUGGUACGAGACCGAUUGCUCUGCUGAGCGACCUUUUAUCUGUCAAAUCUAUCGUGGCAUCCAUGGGCCACCGUCUAUGGAACCGGCUCAUCCCGCUCGUUCCGACUUGCCACCUUUGCAGUGUCCUCGGGGCUACAGGCAGUACGAGGACCGGUGUUUCAGGUUUUUCCCACUACUGAGGUCAUUCGAUGAUGCUGAAUUAAUCUGCAGGAGAACGGUGGAGGAGACGGGUUUCGUAGGUUCUCUUGCCAGAAUCUCGAAUUCUCGCGAACAAGACUUCGUGGCAGGUCUUUUUGCUGCGGAGGCGCCACGACAGCCAAGCAUGGCGUGGAUUGGGUUAAGACAGAGUGAAAAACGCUGGACUGACGGCACAAAAGUGACCUUCUCCCGAGAGAGUCUCGACUUUCCUGUUCCUGUGCCUCGAGAUGAGGAGAACACGUGUACAUUUUUGCUCUACUCCUCCAAUGUUCACUUUUACGGCCUCUGGUCGCGUUCUGCAUGUUCUAUCACGGAUCAGGUUUACUUCAUCUGCCAAGCUGUGCCCAUCUCCCUUACCGCCGUCACCGUAGCCAACAGGUCCGAAAUUGAUGAUACGGAUUCGACAGCUCUGACCUGUGGUGAUGGAUACACCUUGGGCUUCUUCAAUCGCACUGCACUGGCGCUGGGUGAAUCUUUGUCGACACCACAUUGCCUACAACUAGUUAGCGCAAUGCCGAUGACGUGGCAGGAUGCUAGAAGCCUAUGCAAGGAACAAUCAGCUAGCCUGCCCUCGAUUGACACACUGGCGGACCUGAGUUUUCUCCGAGUAUGGCUCCAAACACCUCAAUCUCUUGGUGGUGCUGGUCUCUCCUCCAACGCAUCUGUCUGGCUCGAUCUUCGUGUGCCUGCCUGCCCGAAGUGCUACUCGAAUUGGCGUUGGCAUGCCAAUGAGUCGGACGAGUCUCCAGUACGAUUGACAGACUGGUUCAACGCACCACCUGAUCCCUCCGGUUGCUAUCUUUUCCACGUCGCGUCAGCGGCAUCCAAUUCUGCCACUGCUCCCCACCUCCGUUCCAUUAGACCGGCGGUCUCUUGUACCAAUAUCAGCCUCCCUGUGGUGUGCCAGAAGAACCUGCCCUCGUUCUCUAAUAGGAUUCGGUCCCCUGUAGAUCAUUGUGUGCAAAAUCCCACUCCGGAACUUUCUAGUGUCAUUGCCUUUCACACAAACCACAGUGUUGCCAAAUCGGGUCGCGCUUGCAUCAGAUGGGAUCUGGUACAACAUGACUUCAAUCGCUCGGAUGCGGUGCUGCCGCGAAACUGGCGCAUCUUCACCGCGAUGAUCGCAUACAGCGAGCAUGCGAGUCCAUUCUGGGAAGAGCAUUGUGCCCACCUAGCCGUACAAGACACCACAGGCAAAACGGUGUAUCGCUAUGCUUGCUACACCUCCACGGAUCCGGAUAGUGGUCUAGAGGACUGUGACUUGGAAGAUUGCGUUACCAGUCUCAUCCCUCUUGGUUGGAUAAUUUUCAUUGCACUUUUCUGCCUUGUUCUCGGUGUGGUGAUCACUUUGUGCUUCGUGCGAGCUCAAAAUCGGCAGCGCUUCUUUAUCCCCCGGGGUCGGCGAUUUCCUCCCAUCAAAAUGACCGCAAGUAGCUCUGUUUUUGGAAGUGCGGCAGCGGCCCAGAAACACCGAUUGCAACAACACGAAGUACUCUACAACAAUGGUAAUGGCGAUUUUGCUGCAUCCUCUUUGCGCAUUUUUGACGCUGCCGCGCCCUCUUCGCCGCUGCACUCACUUGUGCCUUCGCUGACGUUCAAGCACCACAUCCACCGACCACUGCAUGACCAGGACUCCCUGCUACUGAACGAACCCGACAAUGCAGACGAGUUCAUGGGGCCAGUGUGA